AUGAGAUUGAAGAAGAGUUCUUGUUUUGUAUCUCAGUUUCUCUCUUUUUAGACAAAUUAAAUAAAAAAAUCAGGAAUAAACAGGAAAAUCUGAUCACACUCAAUGGAGGGUUUUUGAACAUUAUUGCAAUAAAUUUAUAUACGGGAAGGAAUUCGGCAGAGAGCUACUGGGGUGUUUGUAAAUAUUUAUUUAAAUAAUUUGUGUGUGAGGAGAGGAGGGUGGACUGCUGCUCAAGUGAGUAAAAGAGAGGAGGGGCGCUGGAGAGUGGAGGACCAGUUACCCAGCCAGGUGCUGUACUCACGGGUGUGAAUUGGAUGGUGUUCAAAAGCGGAGACGGUGUGAAGGCUGACAGCUCUCUGGGACUGAGAGACAGACAGCAGUUAUUAAUGAUGGAAUUACAAACAUUACAGGAGGCUCUGAAAGUGGAAAUACAAGUACAUCAGAAACUAGUCGCCCAGAUGAAGCAAGAUCCUCAGAAUGCUGAUUUGAAGAAGCAGCUCCACGAGCUUCAAGCCAAGAUCACAGCGCUGAGCGAAAAGCAGAAAAAGGUGGUGGAGCAGCUGAGGAAGGACCUGCUGGUGAAGCAGGAGCAGCCGGAAAUCAAGCUCCAGGCACAGCCAGCGGAGAGCAAGCACACGGUGCAGCUGGUGCAGCUGGAGAGCAAGGCGUCAGUGCUGCCCUCGGCCCAGGCCCCGCUGGCACUACAGCCCCAGAGCCUGGGCGCCCAGCAGAGGACGGUGACUGUCACUCCAGUCAUCACCGCUAAGACUCUACCUCUGGUGCUGAAAGCUGCCACCCCAACGAUGCCUGCUGCUUCUGUAGUGGCCCAGCGGCCCACCGUGGCCAUGGUCACCGCCAUCAGCAACACGCCCAAGCCCAGUGUGGUCAAUUCUGACUCCCAGACAGCUCCAGUCAACCUCCAGACAUCCAGCAAGCUGACCAAUCAGGGUGCCGAGUCUGUGCGGAUUGUCUCCAAGAAUGCUGUUGUCGUGGUCUCAUCGCAGGUGCAGGCCACUGCCACGGCCCAGCCCAUCAAAGUCCCUCAGUUUAUCCCUCCUCCCCGGCUGACGCCUCGGCCCAGCUUUCUACCACAGGUCCGACCCAAACCCGCCACCCCCAACAAUGUGCCCAUCGCCCCCGCGCCCCCGCCCAUGAUGGCGGCCCCCCAGCUGCUCCAGCGGCCGGUGAUGGUGACCACCAAGCUGACGGCCACGUCGCUGCCGUCCGCCACGGGCCCUAUCCACCAGGUGCGCAUCGUCAACGGCCAGCCCUGCACCACCGUCGGCAAGACCUUGCCCAGCGGCCCGCUGACGGGCAUCGUCAUCACCGCGCCGGCCGCCGGCCGCCUGGCCGGGCCCCAGACUCUGCAGAUCAGCGCAGACGUGAAGGUGACGGGAACAGACAGCACCCCGCAUCCAAAGACUGUUACAGCACAGGGCGGGAUGGAGCCGAGCACAGCAGCAAGUACCCCGUCUUCCCCGCCUGCCCCCACUCCCCUGCCCCCGCCACCACCACCAAAGCCCAAGCAUGAGGAAAACCCCCAGAAAGUUGCCUUCAUGGUGUCCCUUGGACUCGUGACACAUGACCAUUUGGAAGAGAUACAGAGUCGGAGACAGGAACGCAAGCGGAGGACGACAGCAAACCCAGUAUACAGUGGAGCAGUGUUUGAACCAGAGCGUAAGAAGAGUGCGGUAACCUACCUGAACACACCUCUCCACCAAGGCACUAGAAAGAGAGCCAAUGAGGAUCCCUUGUCAAAGGUAUGUUGGACAAAUAUUUUUGUUUUCCAUUUCUCCAUUUUUUUUUGUUUUGUUUCUCGUCUGUCAUUUCGCUCAGGUCGCCCUCCCAAAUACAGCAGCGCUGCAGAGCUGGGCUGCCACACCCCGACCUCCCCCUCCAGCAGCCAUCCCGCCUCCCCGGCCCCUGACAAGCUGGAGACGGGGGGCUUUCACUUCCCCGCCCACCCCCACACCCUCCCUCUGCCCAACCCCAGCUCCGGGGAUGGAGACAUCCAUGAGGAUUUCUGCACUGUGUGCAGACGCAGUGGCCAGUUGCUCAUGUGUGACACGUGCUCACGUGUCUACCACCUGGACUGUUUGGAGCCACCCCUGAAAAGUAUUCCCAAAGGCAUGUGGAUCUGUCCCAAAUGUCAAGACCAGAUUUUGAAGAAAGAGGAGGCAAUUCCUUGGCCUGGAACCUUGGCUAUCGUUCAUUCCUACAUCGCAUAUAAAGCAGCUAAAGAAGAGGAGAAGCAGAAACUGGUGAAGUGGAGUUCAGAGCUGAAACUGGAGCGGGAACAACUAGAGCAGAAGGUCAAACAGCUGAGCAACUCCAUAACAAAAUGCAUGGAGACCAAGAACACCAUCCUGGCCCGACAGAAGGAGAUGCAGGCGUCACUGGAGAAGGUGAAAAGCCUGGUGCGGCUCAUUCAGGGCAUCAGCCUCAUCCAGUCCCCUCAGGCGGCGAGCCCGGGGGGCGUAGCGAAUGGCACGGCGGAAGGAGGGACCACAGGCACAGAGGAGAGCUGUGGCAACAGCAGAGACAACGGCAAGGAGAACAACACUGCCACGCCCACCAAUGACACGGAGCAGUUAGAGAAGGGUGAGGAGGAGGAGGAGGAGGAGGAAGAGGAGGAAAUCAAAAAUGGCAGCAACAACAAUGACCUCAAAACAUUAGAGCCUUCCCAGUCCCCUGGGCUGACCACCCUCGACAGUUCGGACAGUGCAAAAUAACACUUUACCCCUCUUUCAAGAUCAAAGACAGGAACCCCUGAAACACUGGGGGGAGAGCCCACUAGCACCCUGGAGAGGUGCCCCAAGUUGCCAAUCAAUAUAUAUGUUCAUAUAUAUAUUUUUUUGUCUCGUAUUGUUGGACUGUGUCAACACAGUAGAUCUGCAUCCAGAAUGCCAGCCUUGGGAACAGGAGAGGAACAGGGCGGCUUUUUUUUGUUUGUUUUUUUUUUUUUACCAGCGUCAUGCCAAUUAACAGUAGGAAAGAAUACAAAUAAUAAAAAUGAUAAUAACAGAACAUCACGCCAGUGUGUGCCUGCAACAGUCGCCCUUGAGCCUCUUGUGAGGAUUGUUCUUAGGUCGUCUUCGAUUCCUUGGGAGUUGGGUCAAAAGAUGUCCAAAGACUGUUUGCCAUGGGACCCCUCUCCCGUGCCUCCAGCAGAGGGGCGACGUGAAUAUCAAACCAAAAGAACAGCACAGCAGCCAGGGACGACUAAGCACGAGACAGGUACAUCAGUAUUCAUCCACAGUGCAGAACGCACCGCCGAGUUGCUGCAUUUUGAUCCAAGUUGGAUUUUGGGUGAGGAUUGAAAAGGGCAGCCAGCAACUCCUCCCCUCCCCCUCCUCCCCACCCCGUCAAAAAAAAGCAACCAAUAACAAGCGAUCACACCUAAGGUACAACUUGCAUCCACUGUAACUUCCGCUUCCUGUGGACCCAGACACGCGUGACUGACGAGGAUGGGAGCUAGCCGCGCCGGCCGGGCCGAGGCAGCUGCAGCUGCAGCUACAACCGAGGAGCUUGGGAACCACUAGAGUGUAGCACCAGACCAUGCAUGGUAACUUCAUAGUGAAAAUAGUGUCAGUCCAAUGUAGUGAGUGAGUUUUUUUGUGAGUCAGUUUGUCAACUUUCUGGG